UUCCGGCGCGUGAUGAUGACGUCACGGAGCUGCUUCCGGUGGCGGAUGCAGGCGGCGUUGUGCCGCUGGCUGCGGGGUGGGGGGCUGCGAUCUCUGAGGCUCGGAGCGGCCGCAGCGAGCUCCGCGCCGCCCCCGCAGGACGGCGUCACGGUGGAGGUUCUCGACCACCUGGAGCACCUGGCCCUGGUGGACUUCCGCGAUGCCGAGGGCGUGGAGAGGCUGCGGGAGUCGGUGCGGUUCGCUGAGCGGCUGCGGGAGGUGAACACGGAGGGCAUCGAGCCGAUGGACUCGGUGCUGGAGGACAGGUGUCUGUAUCUCAGGGAGGAUGACGUUACAGAGGGCAACUGCACGGCAGAGCUGCUGAAAAAUGCCAGAGAGAAAAUAGAGGAAUACUUCGUAGCCCCACCAGGUAACAUCCCUUUACCAAAGCUGGAAGAACGAGAUACUUUCCUGAAGGGUUCGUAGCGGGAGAACUCAAAUGCCAUUUCCAUAUUUUGGGAAAGCUACAGUUUGUGUGAUGGCAACUGAAAUAGCCCAGCACGUGUUUUGAUCAAAAGAAGAGCACUCGCACUGCUAAGCUUUCUGUACCGUCCUUCUGUAAAUUCUCUUGGUGCUGAAAUACUUGAUGUUUAUGAAACUGGAAGGCAGCAUGACAGAUGAUCUAAGUGCUUCUAUUUAUCAAAGUAUAUUUUAUGUAUUUUAUGUUACUAAAUGGCGUAAAGGCUUUAAAGAGAACAUUAAAAGCUGAAGAUUAAAAAUAGUUUUAUUGAA